AUGCGCUCGAAAAUAUUUGAUGAUGCCGAACUCGAACGACUACGACAUGAGGCUAUUCCCACAUCGAAUGAAUCGGCUAUGGUUGGGGAUGCGACUCCACAAGCGACAGACCAGUAUCCACACGUGGAAGCCGCCACGGAUCUUCCAGUUGUGGUUGAUUCGAACGACGAUGAAAUAGUCUCCCACGAACUAGAGCAAAUGAGAAGCAUAUUGGAAGAGGCGAUUUUGUAA